CUCAUGCAAGCUUGUUUCCCUCAUUCCUCUUAAAUGGACUAGAUCUUAUACAAAAUGUCAAAUAUUCAGGCAGUUCCCUACAACAGGAUCUCAAUUUGGUUUCUGAAGCUUCACUGUAGCUUCUGUUGUGAAAGACUGUCUUUUCUUUGCAAAAAAUCUGUUAAUGAAAGUAGACAUUUUUUGCGGAAUGAGUGAAAAAAUAAUUUCAAUUUUCAUCAGCAAAUGGAAAUUGGGCUGUAAUUAAGCUUUCAGGAAUAGUUUCUAUGACUUCUUUUUGUAUAAAGGGUAUAGAGCAUAAUAUUGCCACCAGUGUGUAUGUAUCCAGAUUGGGGUGUAUUGUUUUCCUGCUCAAAAUUACUUGGUAAUAGUGGCACUGAAAAAUCUGCAGCCAAACACAGUAGUAAGCAGACUUUUUUUUCCUUUCUAUUUCCAGAAUAUUUGUAAAGUAACUUAUUUGAAAUGUCAAUGUUUUUUCAUAUUUACUGUGAAGACUAAAGUAUUUAGCCACAAUUAUUGACUUUUUUUUUCUCUUUUCUCUGUUACUUUAAUCAAGUUCAAGUGGAAGGGAAGUUGAUUAUUCAGAUGCAAUAAACCUCCUCAAUGUGGUUAAAAGAGACAAAUACACCUUUCCCAACAUGAUUUAUGUGCAGACAGGUUCCCCCCUUCAACCAACAUCUGUAUCUCCACAUUUAAUUCUGUCAAUUAAUUCUAUCAGGUGAAACUCUUUUGAGCAGAAGGGAUUUAAGCCUGGGUAUCUAUAAAUAAUAUAAUAUAAACACAACCAGUUGCACCCCUUUCCUAAAGACUGCAGAUAGAGGAGCUGUAUGGACACAUGAGAGUUUGGGCUGUAUUGGUACACAGUUUGCUGGUCCAUGUGAAUGUGUGCAGCCAUUCCAGGACCACUAGAAAACUGGAUGAUUUCACAAAACCUCCCUGAAACAAAGAAGCAAAGAGUACUUUUAAUUAAUGCAUGGUAGGAAGUUUGUGUUCACAGAUCUUUAUGUAUUUUUUUUUGUUUGUUUUUACUCACUGUUCUUCAGAUCCUUUUUGUAAGGCUUUUUUGUCUUUUUUUAAGCAUUAAAAAUCAUGAAAAUACCUGUGCUAACUUGAUAAAACCCUGGGUUUUUUUCCUCAGUACUUCACUACAGUCCAGUGCUUGUCAAGGAGAGGAAAAUGCUGGCAUUUUUUGUUGCAGUGUGCUGGAAACAAAGUUCUAGCAUCUAGCUCAGGAGUGAGCACUGGUUUUUGUAGAAUUUCUUUACCUUCAUUAUACAGAGCCUUUUUACUGUUUGAAAGACUGCCUGGCAUUAAAUAUUACAGCAUGAUAACUGAGCCCAGGUCUCUGGUGUUUUUCAGCCACUGAAACUCCAUUGCUGGCUCUGAUGAGCUGGUAGUGCCUAAGAAAUACCAGGUAUACAUUUCAUUCUAACAUAAACAUUUAUAAGCAUGAAUUAGUUAUGACAUAAAUAAUAUCUGCCCACUUUCAGCAUUUAUCCUGCUUAUUUCUGUGCACCCUGUGCUGCUGGAAGAAUAUGAUGACACACUGUAGUUUGCUUCCCCCCCACCCCCUGCUGCUGUCUGGGAUGUGAACAUCUGACAUCUGGAAAUAAAACAGCAUAAAACACUCCACUACUUGUCUACAUGAAUCAAUCUGCAACCCAAGCUAUGCUGAAAAUAGUGGCUGCUGGAUUAAUUUCUGCAAGGGUUGUAUCACAUUCUUAUGGAAGACUCAGCAGUUUUCAUAUGGAUCUUUCAAAAUGUUACAGUCACUGAAGAUCUUGUUAGAAGACGUGCAGAACAUAACAACUGUGAAAUUUUUUCACUGGAAGAAAUCUCUUUACAUCAGCAGGAAAUAGAAAAGCUAGAGCAUCUUGACAAAUGGUGUCGAGAUUUAAAAAUUCUCUAUCUUCAGAAUAAUCUCAUCCCAAAAAUUGAAAAUGUGGGCAAACUAAAGAAGCUGGAAUAUUUAAAUGUAGCUUUGAACAACAUUGAAAGAAUUGAAAAUCUGGAAGGCUGUGAAGAAUUGAAGAAACUUGACCUGACAGCAAAUUUCAUUGGUGAACUCUCCAGUAUUGAAUCCCUAAAAUGUAACAUUCACCUGAAGGAGUUGUUUCUAAUGGGUAACCCAUGUACUGAAUUUGAAGGUUAUAGACAAUUUGUAGUGGCAACUCUUCAGCAAUUAAAAUAUUUGGAUAGUAAAGAAAUAGAACGUUCAGAGAGGAUUAAAGCCCUUCAAAACUAUCCAGAAGUGAAAUGGAAAAUCAGAGAACAGGAACAAGCUUACCUUCUGAAAAGAGCCAGAGAAAAGGAAGAGGGUCAAAGAAGAAUGCAAGAAAGAAAGGAUGAGAAACAGAAACAGAUGGACCCUAAGCUUGAAUUUGACAGCCCAGACUCCCCACAGGAAAAACCCAAUCAGGCAGAAGGAGAUGGAGAGCAGGAAAGAUGCAGAACUGUUGAAAAUGAUGAUGAAGACAGAAAAUUUUGGGACGAGCCUACACCAUAUACUCCAGAAUCUAGAUUAGAAACUCACAGAUAUAUUGAAGAAAAACGGAGAGCUAAAGACAAUGGAAGGGAAUCAAAAAAGAGAGAGAAGACUGCUUGGACAUUGGUCACUGCAGAAGGAAAAGUUCUGAAUGUGAAUGUGCCUAAGCUUCAUUUUUCUCUGAAAGAUGAUGAAGAAAACAACCAGAUCAUCUUGGAUCUUGCUGUUUACAGACAUUUGGACACUUCUUUACUUGAUGUUGAUGUGCAGCCAACUUACAUACGAGUACUGGUGAAGGGAAAGCCUUUUCAGCUUGUGCUCCCUGAGGAAGUGAAGCCAGACAGCAGCUCUGCUAAAAGAUCACAAACAACUGGUCAUUUAGUUGUCACCAUGCCAAAGGCUAAAGAAAUAAUCCUGGCUAAGCAAAAAGUUUCAGCUUCAAUUAAACAUUCUGACUGCAAUAUACAGCAAAAAAACACAAGAAGGAAUGGACAAGUUGAGAAGUUGGAAGUGGAUCCUAGCAAAUAUUCAUUCCCUGAUGUGACAAAGAUAAUCCAAGAAAAGGAACAAACUGGACAGGGACCUAUAAACCUCCAACCACAGAAGGUUAUAGAGGUUAAGAAGAGCUGUGUUGGUUUUGAAAAUAAUGAAGAUGUUCCUCCCUUAAUUUGAAACAUUCUGAAAUACCCCCUCUAUAAGUACUGUGAACGCUUGUGUUGAAUUCAUGACCCUCUGUGUAAAUAAAAUAAAAUAGAGCUGAAGUUGGCAAUAACAUUUCCUAUCAAUAAUUUUUUAAAGAAGGUGUCUUCUGCUGCAUUUUCUGUUAGUAUAUUUCUAUAUAAAUUCUUUUUUUGUAGAUUGUUUACUUAGUAACUCUGAAAUUAGAAUAGGGGCCUUAUAGCAGAGAUAGUAAUUUUUUCAAACAAUUUACUGUCUGGGUUGAGAAAUGGCACAUUACUGUAGAAAAAGAGAAAAGGAAGGAAGGAAGAAAGUGUUUGUAACAAGAGUUAUGAUUUUUCUCAUUAAACUAAGCAUAGGAAAAAUCUGUGUGUAUUCCUUCAGUGUUUUCAUUUUCAUGACAGAUAACAGUAGAAGAAAAGGGUAUGGUUGGAGUGAGAGAUUGCUGUAAACUACCAUUCAUCUCUGAAUCUCCAGCAUAAUGCACAGCUCCUGGAUUCUGGAGCUUUCCUAACAGUCCCAUUCCUUGAAGAUUUUGGGAGACAAUAAAGAAAAACUU